GUGAAGGAGACAGCGCAGCUUUUAGUGUGAGAGCAGGAAUAGCUUUUGAGAGUGAGUCACGUACUGCUGAGGCACCGCAACACCAAAGAUGUCGUUUGCCAGUGAAAAGCUGUACAAUGGGUAUCUGCGGCGGAAUAUGCCGGCCAUUGUGACCAGGGUGAAAGUGAGAGAAAUAAUGAUCCACCUGCCUUGCUUGACUGCUCAUGACAGGGAAAACAUCGAGGCAAAAAGAGAGGUUUGUGGGAACUACGACGGCAUGGUGCUUCUGCUGGACUGUCUGAAGAGAAGAGAAAACUGGCCCGAGCAGUUCAUUGAAGCACUCGAGGCGUGUGAGCAGACUAAUUUAGCUGCUGAGAUUAGAGCAGAAUACGACACUCUGCGAGGCACCAACAAUUCCAACCCCAGCUCUCCUCCAACAACUGUCGUCAGGGCACACGUGCAUCCAGCACCAUCUGCCAGUCCUCUGUCCGUCCCACAGAGCGGUGCAAACAGUCAGGCUGCUGCUGCUGCUGCUGCUGCUGCUGUUGUUCCUCCGCCAGCUGAAGCAGCAGCUCCUGUAGAGCCGGCUGCCCAGGCCUCGCCACCUCCUAAAAUCCCUGUGCAGUCACAAUCCCCCCCGAGCGCAGAAGCCAGAGCUCCUGAGGUUGUUUCCCCUCCACAGCCAACUCGGGGUGAAGUGGAACCCCCUCCAUCAACCCCUCCUCCUUCCCCUGAAACACCAAAUACUCAGGCCACCACCACGCCUCAGACGGAGAGCAACUCCCACCAGGAGCCGGUGGAAAACUCUGAAUCCGACAUCCAGGAGGUCUCCGGUGAUGAUGCCGCAUUGCCCGAUCAGGUGAGCCCCGGAAACAGCGAGGUAUUGAUUGACACUGAGGCCCCUCCACAACCCCCCCCUCCUAUUGAGGAGCUUGAAACAGCGUCUCCAUCCGUCCAAGAUUCUGUCGAAGCAACAACAACAACCUCCACGGAGAUCAGUCCUCCCCAGAGUCCCUCUCCAUCUCAGAUGAAUUCGGAUGUGACCGAUGGAUCCUCUUUCCUAAUGUUGACCCCAGAGAAGCCUCCAGUCCAGGACAGCACCCCCCCUGUGGACAUUAAACCUACUCCUGUCCUGCUGCCUGAAAUGUCUGGGCCUCCUGCGACACAGGUUAUGGAAAGCAGCCCGCAGACAGAAACUGAAGCUACCUCCUCUCCCCUGCCGGGUGCUGCAGAGAUGGACCCCUCUAUCUUUGAUGACAGCUCUGUGUCUCUGGGAAAACCUGAACCACUCCUCAGCAUCUGCCCACAAAAAGGUGUUAUCCCUGCUUUCCCUGAACAAAGAGAGCAGGUGCAGCCCUAUUCUGGAAACAGUCAGCGUCUGGAAAUCAGCAAUGCUGCACCAGAAGCUGUGACUUCUCCCAGCCUCCCUACUUGCUCCACCUCUGUGAAUACCGCACUGCCAUGCCAGGAGAACGGCAUCGCUUCUAACCAUAGCGAACCGGAGGAAAACCACUACGAGUCUCCCUGUGAGAGUUUGGAUAUGCAGGAAGUGCGGGAGAAUGUUGUGCAUAUAUCUGAGGAGCCUUCUAUCCUUGACCUAGACGGCCAAAACUCAAUACCACAUGCGCAAAUCAUGAAUAGUGACGCAGCCAAAGAGAUCCCCCCUGCGCCACAACUAUCCCCCAACACUCUGGAUACUGGAUUGAGUGUAAACACCCCUUCUGGUGAGAACUGCCACCCUUCUGAGCCCACACGUCCUGAUACCUCCCCAGAGCCGAAGACGCUGCCAAAUUCAGAGAAGAAGUCGAAUAAUACUAAGUACAUUCUGACGGCUGCAGGAGUGGGCGCCUGUGCCCUGCUGAUGGCGUGGAGGUUUAAGAAUUAAGUGGAUUGAAUACCUUUUUAAAGGAGGAGAAGAUUAGGCUUUAAGGCUUUUUAAAAGAGGAUCUUAUGGUUAUGGUGCCUUAUUGUAGUCAGUGAACUGGAAGGGUGCUAGGAAGCUUUGUAAUAAUUACCUUUAGUAAUAAUAGCUGACUGGCCAGACCUUUGAUCACGGCAUUAAUAACAAGUAUUUUGUUGAGUUGGGCCUUGCUUUAUUAUAUUACUGUGAAAUGAAGUCUGCCCCAGUAAACGAAACACAAAUCUACCCUUUUUAUUCUAGUUGGGGACUUCAUGGAAAUGGGUUCUCAGGUUAUUUAUGCAUAUGCAGCUGAGUUUGUAAAGAAACACUUAUGCUGUGUAUUAAUUAUAUAAAUAUUUGUAUGUCUGAUAAGCACUUUUAAGAUAAGACUGUUGGCUGUCAUCCUGUGAAGAUAAGUGUACCAAGGACCUGAAAUUACUGGAUCUUGACUGAGGAAGAAAGAGUGCCAGUAUCACACUCCGUAAACGAUGGCUAGUGCACUAUGUAUUUAUUUGUACAUAUAUAGAGAUGAUAAAGGUAUCCAAUUAUGUACUUUAGGAAAUGCGAUUUCAAAAACAUUCCAAAGCAAUGUACUCUUCAAAACCAUGGCAUUGCUUCAAAGUGAGAUUUCUUUCAUAGCUCUGUCCUGUUUCUUUUUCGAGCCAGAGAUUAAGGCGACUUGUUGUAUUCCAAAACGCACAUUCAUUUUCAGCUUCACCCAGUCCAAUCACACAACUUCCAAAUUCUCAAAAGUUUUACGAGAGCCAAAAUCAAUUCAUGGAAGGUAUUAACUUUGAGCUAUCAUGUUGUUGGCUACAAAUGUAACUUGGUUUUUAAAUGUUCACUUUUGUGGUUAUGCUCGUUUCUUUUGAUGUUAAAACAGGAACAUUUUUUAAUUGUUGUUAGUGUUACACGCUAUAGUUGUUAUCCUUUUAGAAAGUAAAAAAAAAAUAAACUGCAAGCUUCAUGGCCAUCAUCUGGUGUAAAUGUUUGAGAUGGGAUUUUAUUUUUCUAAAGUUGUUCCUCUAUUUUAAAAGAAAGUUUGGGAAGAUACCUCUUAUGAGGUGAGAUUUUAUUGUAAAUAGCAUUGUUAAUAUAAGAAAUGUAAGGGGAAAAUAAUAAAUGUCUAUGGUUUUGAACAUUUUAUUAGGGUAUUUGAGCUGCAAAGAUGCUUAAAUGUAUUUCGAAAAACAUGUCAAUUGUAAUCUCGGUUUAUGGUUUAUCAAAAAAUAUACAUACUGUCUCUGGAUACCCACUUGGCAAUCAUAUCAAUAAACCUGAAAUUAUAUUACAACAUAAA